UCGCGGCGGGGCCACGCCGGCGCGGGUGGCGGGUGCGGCCGGACCGGUCCCCAGCCCCUCCCCCAGCUCCAGGGCGACUGACGGCGCGGCACCUCAGUGUUCCCGGCUGGGAGGUGGAGCGCGGCCCCGGCCCACCUGACCCGCCGAGUCUCCACGUGGGUCUCCGCGAGCCAGUCUUCGGCUGCGUUUGCGAGCUCGGGGACAGUGACUCGCCCAAGGCCACACAGCAGCAAUCGUCCAUUUUGGGCUACUUCUGAAAUCUUGAAGAAGCUCCAUAUCAAGGAAGAGCCAACAGCAGUCACUGUCAUUUAGAGAAUGGACCGUUUGGGUUCCUUUAGCAAUGAUCCAUCUGAUAAGCCCCCUUGCAGAGGCUGCUCCUCCUACCUCAUGGAACCUUACAUUAAGUGUGCUGAAUGUGGACCUCCUCCUUUCUUCCUGUGUUUGCAGUGUUUCACUCGAGGAUUUGAGCACAAGAAACAUCAGAGUGAUCAUACUUACGAAAUCAUGACCUCAGACUUUCCUGUUCUUGAUCCCAGCUGGACUGCUCAAGAAGAAAUGGCCCUUUUAGAAGCUGUAAUGGACUGUGGCUUUGGAAAUUGGCAGGAUGUAGCUAAUCAGAUGUGCACCAAAACCAAGGAGGAAUGUGAGAAGCACUACAUGAAGCAUUUCAUCAAUAACCCUCUGUUUGCAUCCACCCUGCUGAACCUGAAGCAAGCUGAGGCAGCCAGAACUGCUGACACAGCCAUUCCGUUUCACUCUGCAGAUGACCCUCCCCGGCCCGCCUUUGACUCUUUGCUGUCUCGGGACAUGGCAGGAUACAUGCCAGCUCGGGCAGAUUUCAUUGAGGAAUUUGACAAUUAUGCAGAAUGGGACUUAAGAGACAUUGAUUUUGUUGAAGACGACUCAGACAUCUUACACGCUCUGAAGAUGGCUGUGGUGGAUAUCUAUCAUUCCAGGUUAAAAGAGAGGCAGAGACGAAAAAAGAUUAUAAGAGAUCAUGGAUUAGUCAAUCUUAGAAAGUUCCGAUUAAUGGAGCGGCGGUAUCCCAAGGAGGUCCAAGACCUUUAUGAAACAAUGAGGCGAUUUGCAAGGAUUGUGGGACCAGUGGAACAUGACAAGUUCAUUGAAAGCCAUGCAUUGGAAUUUGAACUCCGGAGGGAAAUCAAGAGACUCCAAGAAUAUAGGACAGCGGGCAUUACCAAUUUUUGUAGUGCCAGGACAUACGAUCACCUGAAGAAGACUAGAGAGGAGGAGCGCCUUAAACGUACCAUGCUCUCAGAAGUUCUCCAGUACAUCCAGGACAGCAGCGCAUGUCAGCAGUGGCUCCGCCGGCAGGCUGACAUUGAUUCUGGGCUGAGUCCUUCUGUUCUGAUGGCUUCAAACUCAGGAAGACGAUGUGCACCACCCUUGAACCUCACCGGCCUCCCUGGUACAGAGAAACUCAAUGAAAAAGAAAAGGAGCUCUGUCAGGUGGUGAGGCUGGUACCUGGAGCCUAUUUAGAGUAUAAGUCUGCUCUGUUGAAUGAGUGUAACAAGCAAGGAGGCUUGAGACUGGCACAGGCACGAGCGCUCAUCAAGAUAGACGUGAACAAAACCCGGAAAAUCUAUGACUUCCUCAUCCGAGAAGGAUACAUCACUAAAGCCUGAGUCUCUCUCUGCUUGACAAUGCAAACCAGAAGUUUGGAACGUGGCGGGUCACAGGACAGUGUACACAUUCUGGAGACUUGUGUUUGAGUUGGAUUCUUACUGUGAAAAGAAGGAAGACACAGGGACUCCAAGUGCGUCGAUUUCUUUCUUCUCUGCCCUGCUGUAGAGUGCUCCUGUUGUGGGGUAGUGAUGCAGAGUGUGUGCUUGCCGAGUUAUUCUUAAACAAGAGUGGGCAUGCAUUCCUAGCACUAUAGUACCUCACAUCCUGGCUUUGGUGAAAGUAGAACCAAGCCACAGCAUUUCCUCCCAGGGGUCCAGUGCGGAUCCUUGCACUUGAGAGUGGAGUUCUCUGACUCUGGCUUCCCAUCUUGCAGACAGAUUUUAAAUGAAGAGGAGGGUUUUUAAAGCACAGGAAAGCCUUUUCUUUCAAGGAUUUUUUUUUUUUAAGCUGACAUCUUAGUUUAUGAGCUGAAGAGGUGGAAAAUCUCCCCCAUGAUGGUCUGUCUCAGGCUGCAUUUUUAACUUUAAUGUCUGGCUUUGUACUUUGCAGUCUGGCUGUCUGAUCUGCAGUAGACUCUUGAGGAGGUGGCACCGGAUAUAAAAUGUCUCUGUUAUUUUUAGAAUUAAUGGAUUAAAAUGUUUUGCUAUU